AUGUUUCGAAAAUUAAUAUGGGUCACUCUGAUAACGAUUUUUGAUGACAGAUGUCACGGUUUAGACACGGAAGAUUCGGUUGUUGGAACCACGACGGAAAUAACACCGGAAUUUUUCACGGAAGGUAUAACAUUAUAUAACGUAACGGACACUCCGAUCGACAAUGGAAUGGUGAUAAGAGACAUAAGAGAGGAAACAUCGAUAAAUCAUCCGUACAUAUUAGAAAGUGGUAUCGAUGCAUCGUCUACUGCCACGAUUGUUUUUCCGGAUAAUCAUAAAAACACAUCGGAAAAUAUAUUUUACGACGGUGAAAUACCACCGCGAUUAAAUAUAUUCAACAAAUAUCAAAGACCCUAUGAAAAUUAUUACGAACAAAAAGAAUUGUACAAUGCAAAACCUAUCAAAACCCAUGAUGAUGAUGAUGAUGAUUAUUUAAAAAAUUUUCUUUUAACUCAAAGUUACAUACCUGUACGUGAAAAUGUCAAAGUUGAACAUCCGUCUCUUUCAUCCCAUGUUCUCAAACCGUUUCCUUAUACUUUUGAAAAUCACAACGGACACGGACACUGGUACACUAAUCAAGUAAAAGAUCAAAUAGAAUCAUAUUCACGUCCGACAUUAUCACAUUACGAUGAAGAAAAAUCAUUAUCGUAUUAUAAAUCACCGUAUAAAACGAUUCACCAAAAUGUUCUAGAACAUAACGACCACCAUUACUAUUACUUAAAUCACGGCGACGACAGCGACGUCGACGGCAACAAUGGUCAAAAAGAUAACAAAUAUAAAAGCUCAUGGAAAAAAUUAGCACAUUUGGCAACAGCGCUUAUACCCAUCGGAUUAAUUUUAGCGUCUUUGACACCUUCGGUCAUUUAUAUAAAUUCGUCAACAUCUAUCGAAUCGAACGUUAUGAAUUUUUCAAACUAUGAAAUCCACCGCCUUCUCCAAGAGUCCGGUAUCGAAAUGAGUGAAAAUUUGCAACAGUGCAAAGAUAAAAUCUUGUGUCGACUUGCUCUAAGGGGUAACAACAAUUCAUCCGCAAGCAUUUUUGAAAAAAAACUUUGGAAUUUGGCUAACGAGUGA